AUGUCUUCUGGCAAAAGCACCCCUCCCACCUCGCCACUCGAUGGCAGCAUCGCAGAGGUCCAAACCGAGACUGGCGGUGACAAGAAAGAGCAAGAUACGAACAAAAUGGAGGUGGACACAGACAAUGUCGAAGAGAUGGAUUACAAGACCCGGGCACUCACAAAUCUCCUCAAGACAAGCUCGGUGUUUGUUGCGAUCAUGGCGGACAAGAUGAAGCAGGAACAGAAGCGCAAUCAGGAGCAAGCUAGACGGGCGGCGGCGAAGCAGAAACAGGAAGCUGCCAAAAGCGCCGAGUCAAAAGGCCCAACAAGAAAGUCUACAAGAGGCCAUGCUCAAGAUGAGCGCGUGGUAGACGAGCAGGAGAAAGAAGGGAAGAGAAUCACGCGCGGUCGGGGAGGACCACCCAAGAAGGCCAAUGCUGCAAGGAAAAACAUAACUGAUUACUUCGGCGCGAAUACUCUUCAGGCCUCAAAAGAGGGUCCAACGGUUCAGGAAGCCCUUGCAGAGGCUGCUGAUGAAUAUGAAGGCGAAGGACUCGGUGCUCACGACCUUGUUGCAACAGAGCAGCCUGCUCUAGUCACUGGAGGCAAAAUGAAGCACUAUCAACUCGAAGGUCUAGAGUGGUUAAAAUCGCUUUGGAUGAACGGUCUUUCCGGCAUCAUGGCGGACGAGAUGGGUCUGGGAAAGACUUUGCAAGCCAUCUCAUUGAUUGCCUUCUUGAAAGGGAACAAUGUCUCUGGCCCUUUCCUAAUCGCAGCUCCCUUGAGUACUGUGAGAAAUUGGGUGGAGGAAUUCAAACACUGGACUCCUAGUAUCAACACGAUUCUCUACCAUGGGAGCAAGGAAGAGCGCGCAACCAUGAGGCGGAAAAGCAUGAGGAUCCAAGAUCAGCACAAAUACGAGUUUCCGAUCGUUGUCACCAGCUACGAGAUUUGCAUGAACGACCGAAAAUUCCUGGCAAACUAUCAAUGGAACUACAUCAUUGUGGAUGAAGGACAUCGCCUGAAGAACAUGAACUGCAAACUGAUCAAAGAGUUGAUGACAUACACAUCUGCCAAUCGACUCCUGAUCACAGGCACGCCGUUACAGAACAAUAUUGCAGAGCUUUGGUCGUUGCUUCAUUUCUUACUCCCCGAGGUUUUCAACGACCUUGACAGCUUCGAACGGUGGUUCGACUUCUCAAGUGUCUUGGAAGGCAAGCAGGAGGCUGACGAGAAGACGCUGAGUCGCAGAAACAAUCUCGUGUCGACUAUGCAUGCCAUUCUAAAGCCAUUCCUUCUCCGGCGGGUCAAAGCGGACGUCGAGUCAGAUCUCCCGAAGAAACGGGAGUACAUCUUGUAUGCACCCCUGACCUCGGAACAGAAGGACUUGUAUCGAGAGAUCAUCGCAGGCACGAGCAGGUCGUAUUUGGAAGAAAAGGCCAUUGAACGCAUUGACGCGAGAAGCCGCACGGCUUCCCUCAAGCGUAAAGCAGCCACCAGCGGCCGCGGAACACCCCAGAAGAGUUUGAAACCCAGUCGAGAUUCCACACCAGCCUCUAUUGCUUCCACCGGCUCCGUCCGACGGGGCCGCAAAGGAGCACGCACAAGCUAUCGAGAUGUAACAGACCGGGAAUUCAAUGCUCGACUUCGCCGGAUCGAACAAGGUGAAGAAGACAUUAACCUGGACCGCGCGUCUCCAUCUCCCGGCUCCCAAGAUGUCUCAUCGGAUGACGCAGAAGAGCUCGAAAGAGCCCAAACGUUCAAGCUUGCAAAGAAGGAGAUUGCCGCUAAGAAGCUUCAGAACCCCUUGAUGCAAGCCCGACUAGCGUGCAAUAGUCCGCACAACUUCUACUGGCCAUGGAAACCAAGCACAGCAGCCGAGGAGCAGUCAGGCGACUACCCACGCGUUGAUGAAAGUCUCGUCACGGCUUCAGGGAAAAUCCUUGUGCUUGACACGUUACUUCCCCGACUUUUCCGUCUCGGCCACAAAGUCCUCAUUUUCAGCCAAUUCAAGAACACACUGGAUAUAUUGGAAACGUAUGCGACUGAACUACGCGGCUGGAAGGCGUGUCGCAUUGAUGGCUCGGUCGCCCAAGAGGAGCGUUACGAGCAGAUUACCAACUUCAAUACGGACAAGUCUUACAACUUGUUCCUCUUGACCACCCGAGCUGGUGGGCAAGGAAUCAAUUUAACUGCAGCAGACACGGUGAUUCUAUUCGAUUCCGACUGGAAUCCGCAGCAAGAUUUACAGGCGAUGGACCGCGCACACCGUAUUGGCCAGACAAAACCUGUCAUUGUGUACCGCCUUGCGACACGGGGGACCGUAGAGGAGGCACUGCUCCUUAAGGCCGACACAAAGAGGAAACUCGAGAAACUGGUCAUUCAAAAAGGCAAAUUCAGGUCUCUUCUGUCGUCUGGCAUUGAUGCGGAUGAUGUUAAAGGCGCGCUUGUCAACGACGAGUUUGAAAAGUAUGAUGUCCCGCAUCUAGAGGAUGAUGAGAACGAAGCGAAAGGAAAACAUCGAAAGAGACCGAUCCUCAGCGAAGAGGAGCUGAAGAUAUUGACAGAUCGGAGCGAUGAGGCUUACGAGCGGGCGGCGAAGGGAUUGGAUAUGGGAGGCGAAGGAAGUGCAUUCCAGGUCGCUGAAACCAAAAGGGGAGGGACGACGGCGGACGUCCUUGACGAUUUGACAGUCAGGACGAAGCCAUGA